AUUUUAUCCUUCCUGGUCCAUGAACAUUCAUUUUAUGAUGUAAAAUAUUCUAGACCGUUCAACAAAUUUGCAUAGUGAAUACAAAUAUGGCAUCUUCUAGCACAGUAAUAUGUGGUGUUUGUGAGUCGCAGCACAUGACAACAAAGGCAGACUUCUGGUGCCCUGAAUGUGACGAAGGAUUGUGUUCCCAAUGUCUAAAGCAUCACAAUGCAUCAAAAGGCACACGUAACCAUGGAGUUAUACCUGUCGACAACUAUAAACAAUUACCUAUGUCGAUAGUCAAUAUAUCACAACACUGUUCACAGCAUGACAGAAAAUUUCAGAAUUAUUGUCCCCAUCAUGAAAGUCUCUGUUGUCCACUGUGUAUUCAGUCCAACCAUGCUAGCUGCGUUGGGAUAUUAUCGCUGGAGAAUGUCAUACAGACAGCAAAGACUUCAGUCUUAUUAGAAAGUCUUGAUAAAAAUCUGAAAUAUAUCAAACUGAAUAUCGAGACGGUUGUUAAAGAUCGGAAACAAAAUCUUGUGGAAAUCCAGAAACAAAGGCAGAAAUGGUAUGAUGAAAUAAAACAGGUCCGUAAUAAAAUUAACGAACACCUUGACACCCUAGAACAACGAAUACUUCUGGAUCUAUAUGCUGCCGAAAAGAAAGUUAUAUCACAAAUUGAGGACUUGCUAGGAAAACUUGCUCAAAAUACAGAAAAUGUGAAUUCAAUGGAAAUUAAUAUAUCAGCCAUCAAAGAUUAUGCUUCAGACCUUCAGGCAUUUUUAGGGAGUAAAAUGAUUGAAACAGAAAUUCAAAAAUAUGAAAUAUAUAUGCAGUCUUUAUUUGACGAUGGAAGUUCGCGGAAGAUAGACAUCAACUGUAAAAUUGCAGACAAGAUAACCGAUCUAUUGUCAACUGUUACUUCACUAGGUUCAAUAUCCAUCGAAUCAAACUCUCCAUUGGUGGUUCUGAAGACAGGGAAAGAAAUACAAGCACAGACAAGGUCUUUGCAGCACGUACCACUUUCAACUAUUAAUGAUAUAACAAUGACGUUAGAAAGUAAAUUCAUUUUUUCUGGUAUCACCGGAUGUUCCAUAUUUUCUACUGGAGACAUCAUUCUAAUAGACCACGGCAAUUAUCGUCUGUUGAUUUUAAAGAAAGAUGGAACAUUGAAGAGUGACAUACCUAUGUUACCUAAAGACCCUGUAGAUGUUACCUGUAUCAAUGACAAGACAGUCGCUGUUUCUUUUCCUUAUUCAAAACAAAUACAAAUCAUAAAAGUUUCAACUAUAAUAGUUGAACGCACAAUAAAAACGGCCGGUAGUUGCUACGGUUUAUGUUACUCAGAUGGCUAUUUGUUGUGCUGUGAGUAUCGCAGAGGUAUUCAGAAAGUAAAUAUGUCAGACAAUUGUUCUUCUACUUUGGUUAAAGACAACACUUUGUCCAGCUGGAGUUAUGUAGCAACAUCUAAAGACAAGAUAGUUUACACCAAUAGCUCACAACAUACAGUAACAUGCUGCUCGUUGGCUGGAGAGAAGAUGUGGGAAUACAAGGAUCAAUCGGUUCGUUCUCCGCAAGGGAUAUCUGUUGAUAAAGACUCCAACGUUUAUAUUGCUUCAACUGGUAACAAUAAUAUUAUUGUAUUGUCGUCAGACAGAAAACAAGCAAGAAAGCUGCUUGGAAAAGAUGACGGAAUUAGUAAGCCUUAUGGACUCGCAUUUGGUAUAAAGGAAGAAAAUUUAUUAGUUGGAAAUACUAAUGGACCUUCAUUAUACAGACUGAGUUAGGACUAAAGUGAUGAUUAUGUAGUUAAAAUCUGUCUGAAAUCUAUCGAAAUGACAAACAUUAAAGAGUAUAAAUCAAA